AUGGGUACACGAAUUAUUCAGUUAGCAAUUUCAUUCAUGGUUACAGUUGAAGUCGGUGGCUUGCAACGGUUCGCAGAAGAACCUUCUUAUACGGAAGUAAAUCCGGGAGAAGAUGCAUUGCUGAAAUGUCAAAUAUCAGACAAGAGAGGUAUCUGUUCAUGGCAAAAAGAUAACAAGCCAGUUGGUAUGUAUCGUGGAAAGUACGAGUGGGCGACCCCUCGAAUAGCCAUGGCCACUGACUGCUCGCUUCGCAUACGAUCGGCAAAGCUGCACAUUGAUGACGGACAGUGGCGAUGCCAGGUCACUGCUAGCAACUAUAACAUGAAGGAUGCACUUUCAAGUCAACCAGCCAUACUCGCCGUGCGUGUUGCUCCACAGAUACCAAGAAUUUAUUACAAUGGCUCCCGUGUUCUUUCGGAUCAAAAUAUCGCUCUAGCUGCUGGGUUGAAAGCAACCAUCUUUUGCGAAGUUAGAUAUGGAAACCCACCUGCUUACAUUGAAUGGUUAUUAGAAAAGGGACGGGUUAUAGCAUGGAGUCAAACAAACACGUCAGAAGUAAACCAGCCUCGUCUUUGGAAAGCGCGCGCUAUGUUAGAUAUGGUCCCCAACAGAGCCACUCACCGCAAGCAACUAGUCUGUCGAGCACAUCAUCCUUCUUACCCGCCACCAUACUAUAAAGAUGCGUAUAUUACGUUAGACGUUAAAUUCAUUCCAGUUGCUUCAAUCGUGGGAGCGGAUGCUGAAGGACUGUCGACUCUAGAAGAAGGUUUAAGUUCUUUGACAUUAUAUUGCAAAGGAGAUGGGAAUCCUAAACCCAAUGUAUGGUGGACAAAAGACGGUCAAAGAAUAAUCACUGACGGUCCUAAUCUUGUAAUUGUGACUGUAACAAGAAAUGACUCAGGUAUUUACAAAUGUUUAGCUAAAAACGCUAUGGGUAAAUCAGAUUCUGUUAAAAUCGAAAUAGACGUUAAAUUCCCUCCACGAAUAACUUGGGUCGGUCCUCGUUUAUUGGUUAAUGCGAAACUGCAUUCACAAGUUAACCUGGAGUGCAAGGCCGAUGGUAACCCAGCUCCAUCUUACCAAUGGUAUCACUGUCCCAAAUCAUUAGCUACGAAGAAUGUUUGUUCAGACGGAUAUUUAAUAUCAUCUGCAUCUAAACUUCAGUUACUUAACGUGACUUACUCUAAACGGGGAAAAUUUGUUUGUAUCGCUAGAAAUUAUAUCGGAGGUGAGGAAAGAAUUCACAAAUCCAAAGCAAUUACUCUGAACGUACUUGGACCGCCAAUUGGUAAAGACAUCAGAACAGCUGACGGCUGGCAAGGCAGUACAGGAAACAUACAAGCGACAGUAUGCUGCGACCCGUCACCAACUAUGGCUUAUUGGUUCUGGGGUAAAUUCCGAUUGGAUAUUCCUUCAGAAAUUGAUCGAUAUAAAGCUUUUCAAAAAGAAGGCAUAGAUGAUUGUUACCAGUACAUUCUAUCAAUACAGAAUGUUCAAUCUUCGGAUGCGGGAGAUUACGUGUUGCGCGUCGGAAACGACAAAGGAUUUUCAUCUCAUACUGUAUCCUUUAAAGUGCACGACUGUAUCAGGUUGUUUUAA